GGUUUAGCGAAGCCGCUGUUGUAUCAAAACGGAAAAACAAAGGAAGUUUUCUCAAACUAUUAUUAAUUACUAAUCAAAACGCAGAAACUUUAUCGGUGAGGAUACGAAGCAAAGGGCAACUAUGAAGACGAUCCAAGUCAUAGUAGCUUUCAUCCUCGCACUCUCUCUCUUGUUGUUUCCUUCGUUCGGAUUCCAAUCCGAUGAGCUCCUCGUUGACGACGAAGAGUUCGGACUCGAGGGAGCGCCACAAUAUCGCUCCCCUGAACCCAUCCCCACUCGAUCCCCACCCCUAACAACCCCGACCCGGAAGAGGCAUUCGGAUCUCGACUCCGAUUCUAAGAUCCAGUUCUCGCUUGACCACGCUUUCGGCGACUCCGAUUUCUCUCCGGCUGGCACUUUCUCCGCCCGCCUCAAAACUUGGAGCCACGGUGGCCAGACUCUUACAAAGCUACGAUUUUCAAGGAACAGUUUCACUGAUGAGGAGAAAGAGAAAUUCAAAAAUCUGCUCAAAAGUGAUGACUUCUAUAGGAUAAGACUCCCAUCUAAUGUUUUGAGUCCACCUGGGAGGGAUUUUAUUAUUUCAUCAGUGAAAGCAAGAUGUCUUCCUAGGGAGGGUUUGGAUGAGCAUUUUGUAAUACACAUGGAGGGUGUAAAUGUUUUGGCUGUCAAUUAUGGUUCUCCUGGGUCAUGCUCAUAUCCUCGGAAUUUGAAACUUCCUACAAAGUGGUCCUUUAGCUCACAUACAGUGUUGAAGAACAGUGAGCAGGCGCCCAGAGCUCCCAUCUUUGCUGAAGAAAUUCUUGGUGGUGAGAGUGGAGAAGGCGAAGUUGUGCAGCCACCUGAAAGGUCUUUUUGGGCUAAAUAUUGGAUGUAUUUGAUUCCUCUGGGACUCAUCGUCAUGAAUGCCAUAACACAAGCAAUGAACAUGCCUGAGGAACAGGCUACUGGCCAGGUACCUGCACAAGGACAGCCGUCGGCUGGAGCAGUGCAGCGAGGGCCUACUUCUGCUGUGCGGAGAAGAUGAUGAUGAUCAAUGAAGAUCAUUUUGGAUGUUGUAUGAUCUCAGAAUCUCUACGGUUUACUGGUAAUGAGGAAAGAUCAGUAAAGCGAUAGUUUUGAGGAAGUUAUAAAUGGAUUGUCAUGAACAACCAUGCAACUUUACUUCUACUCUGACAGAUCUUUUUCCUCUCAAAUCAGAAAUAUAUUUAUGUGAUAAUAAUCCCAUCGACAAUUGAAUCAUGUUGU